CCUGCAAUGAAACAUCCUUGUUCCCAGUGACUUUGGGAUGUAAUUAGUUCUAGAUCUCAUGUGUAUGCCGAGUUUCUUUGGGACAUAUUCCUACAAAAGAUCAGAUCACCCCCUUCAUGAGCAUAAUUCAUCUGUGUAACAGUCAGGCAUAACAAUUAGUAAGAAUUUGAACAUGAAACUUUUUGCUCUGUGGACAGCCCUCUCUUUGCUUGCACCAAGUGAAGGACUUCGGCCAGACUUACCUGUGAAGGUGUGUCAAGAUGUAUCUUCUUACGUGUCUUUGACAAAUACUCGACUGCAAGUCAGGACGGUUCGCUCCACUGUCACUCUCCUAGAAGUUAUACCAACCUAUGUUAGCGUUACCACUACGAAUUGUGUGCCUUACGCUAUUACUCACACAGAAACGGUAUCUCAAUAUCAGGCGCCACAGCUGGCUUAUUCCACAUUUUACGUCAGCCAACUAAUGAUCAAAGAGAAGAAUCGGGCAUACACUUAUACCAGAUAUCAACCCGAAACCAUCAGCAUUACAUACUCGGCUACCGAUCUUGAAGAGCACGUGACACAAGUUGUAGGGACAACUACUGCCACGACUCUAUCAACGGUAUCUGUUGUGAAGACUCUCACCGCCUCCAUUACAACCACUGCAACAGAUACUCAAGUCGAUGUCUACACUUCCAUCACAUACUUACCUGUAUAUGUGACUACGACCAUGACUAACGCCUGGCCAAUCCUCAAGACAGUAUACCAGACUGAAUACAUUAAAGAAGCCGUUGAUUACGUGACAACAGUUAUGGAAACAUCGACAGCAUAUCACUGCCAUGAUGCUCAUAGCUAUUAG